CUCUUUUCUAGGAACCCCUUAUUUGUUUUUUGUUCUUAGGUGGAGGCAUGGUCAUUAUGGUUUUUUUUUUUUAUUUUUUGGUAGGUCGAUCCCAAUCUCUCAAGAACUAGUGACGUAAACAUGGGAGAACAGAGCCUGAACAGACAUUAUUAGUCCUUAUUAGAACUUAUAUGAACUUACUAGAACUUAUAUUUUAGGUGUGUCAAAUCUUAUUUGUGUUAAACUGAAUUUAUCUGAACCUAUUAAACCUUAUUAAUUGUGAACUUGUCUAAACUGGACAGGAAAUAAGUUGAACACAACGCCUUUAACCCUAUAAUCCCUGUCCCAUGACCCAAAGGCCCGGCACAGUAAUUUCUCCGAAUGAGUCUGGCUGGUGAAAAAUGGUGUGGAAAGAAAAGUUACCAUUGCCCAUCUCUCUCUAUUCCUCGGUCCAACGUUCCUUGAGAUUGAACUGAGCGCUGCUCGAGUAAAAUGGCGGACAUACUCAAAACAUACAACACCAACCCACAAAAUCCCAACCCCCAAAUUCCACCAUCACACUACGACAUUUUCAUACCUUUACAAAACCCCACCUCAACCUUCAACUUCGAGACCGCAAUCUGCAGCCAUGGCUUGUUCCUCAUGGCACCUAACGAAUGGGACCCACACACAAAGUCCCUUCUCCGUCCCCUCCGCCUUUCUCUCUCUUCCUCCGCCGCAUCCACCUCCGCACUUGUCCGCAUCUCCGCCGCGCAGCGCGCUGUGCUCGUACGCGUGUACGGCGUGCGACAUCUGGCGACGGAGGAGGAGGAGGCGGUGGUGCGGCAAGUGAAGAGGAUGCUGAGGUUGUCGGAGAGAGAAGAGAAGAAAGUGAGAGAGUUUCAGGAGUUGCAUUCUCAAGCUAAGGAAAUGAAGUUUGGUAGAGUUUUUAGGUCUCCUUCUUUGUUCGAGGAUAUGGUUAAGGCUAUCCUCUUCUGCAAUUGUCAGUGGCCUAGAACUCUGAGCAUGGCUAAAGCUCUUUGUGAUCUUCAGCUGGAAUUGCAGUGUCACUCAUCCAUUGAAUCUGUAAAUGUGCUUGGUGUUACAAAAUCAGAAGUUGCUACAAAUAAACCUGAAAGUUUUACACCAGGAACACCAGCAGUGAAAGAGUCGGAUAGAAAGCGCAAAAUGCAAGAAGUUGUCAGCAGAGAAAAUGCAGAAGUUGUAGAUGAAUGCAAAGCUGAUCUAAAUGCAAGGAUGACUUCUGCUGUUAUUGUUAAUGGGAUUCAACUCAAGAAGAAAUUCACAACUUUUGUUUCAUCAAUUAGUGAUGAAAAUGUUAAUGAGCCCAAUGCAAGUCAAUGUUUUAAUGAAUCUUCCAGAGCUGUUUCAGAAGAAAGAAUAAUUUACUCUACCCAAAAGAUGGGGAACUUUCCUAGCCCAAUAGAAAUAGCAAGCUUGGAUGAGAAGUAUCUAGCGAAGCGUUGUGGUCUUGGCUACAGAGGCGCUCGCAUAUUGAAACUUGCACAGGGUGUUAUUGAAGGUAGAAUCCAACUUGACCAACUUGAAGAGCUCUGCCUUGAAGCUAGCUUAUCCAAUUACAACAAGGUGGAUGAGAAGCUCAAACAAAUUGAGGGUUAUGGCCCGUUCACGCGUGGGAACGUGCUGAUGUGCUUAGGGUUUUAUAAUGUUGUCCCAAGUGAUUCCGAAACUAUUCGGCAUCUGAAACAGGUUCACGGGAAAACUACCACUAUCCAAAAAGUUCAACAAGUGGUUGAAGAGAUGUAUAGAAGAUAUGAGCCGUAUCAAUUCUUGGCGUACUGGUGGGAAUUGUGGAGUUUCUAUGAGGAACGUUUUGGUAAAUUCAGUGAAAUGCCAUCCUCAGACUAUAAACUUGUAACUGCAAGUAACAUGAGAACUAAGAAAACAAAGUAAGAGCCUUGUAAUCUUUACACAUAGUAGGUAUAGUUCCUGAUAGUGUUAUCUAAUUUAGAAUUUUUAAUUUUUUAAAAGUUCUGUUAUCUGGCAAAUUGAUGGGUAAAUGUAAAAGUUGAACCAUGCAAUUUUGCUGUCUUUCUCUCUUGCAAUUGGCAGUUGGCAACUGGUGCCAAGUACAAAACCCAUGGCGUGCAACACGAACCUUUCUAACCAUUUUGCUAUCAGUUUCCAUUUAUUAGUCAAAGGAUAUCGAAGAUGUGUUCAUGGCAUGCUAAUGUCAUUAAGAACCUUUGCUGCAGUGCUACUGUAAGGUUUACAUCAAUGUGAUUGAAAUACGCUUGUUGGUUCACUCAAUCGUGCUUGAUUGUGCAUCGGCUUUGAUGCUCAAUUAUCCUGCUAUGAAGUUUGAACUUGCAACUGAAGUAUGGAAAUUUCGUGGUUCUCAUGGCACUCCCAGGGUUCCUAAAACCAAUUACAGUAGUGGCUCAAGGACCCUGCAUAGGGACGAAGGUAUACCCCAAAGUAGCCUCAAAGCAUGGGCAGAUGUUAAAAGGUGGGAGACGUGAAAUUAUGGAUGGGCUUUUGUGGAGAUGUCAAUUAUUUGGACUGUCCAAAUUCCAACGUAAACAACGUGUUUCGACGUUGGGCCAGCAAAAGAAAACAAAGUUGUUAUACAAGUGCUGUUUUCUCUUACGUAGGCCGAAGGGGCUAACGUGUAUGCUUUGUUUGCUAAAUGCCAAUUUUCAGUGAAGCUGAAUACGUGAUUACGACUGAAUGUAAUAUGCAUUUAUUGCUUUAAUUAUUCUAAAUACUAGUUAAGUUGUUAUCAACAAUCAACCCCAUGAACUGGUAGCAUAUACAUAUUAUUCUACUGUAUUUCAAAUUAUUUUGGAUAUUAUUCAA